AUGCCAAGCAUAACAACUCUCCCCAAACCCCCAAACUCGCCAAAUCACAACUCACUCCUCCGCUCUUCUACGGGCUUUUUUACCAGAAAACUUCGGGUCUCUCCCUCAGCUCCUCCUUUCUCAGCCCUCGCCGCAUCAAUGGCCGCCGCCGCCACCACCGCCACUUCCAUAGAAAGCGCCUCCGCUAACAACCUCGAAUCCGAGCCCCAAUCGCCACCGCUCUCCGCCUCCGGAGUUACCGAUUUGAACGCCAUGCCGAACGAUCCCAUGGACGAAUCGACCAACGGAGCAGGAACUGAGCUGUCCGCUGAGCCGCCUCAGGCGGAGGCCGACCAAUCGGCUCUUCAGGCGGAGGCCGACCUAUCGGCUCCUCAGGCCACCGCGGAAGCUGAUAAGAGGUGGCCGGGAUGGCCUGGCGACUGCGUUUUUCGUCUCGUUGUGCCGGUUCUCAAGGUCGGGAGCAUUAUUGGUCGCAAAGGGGAGCUUAUCAAGAAGAUGUGUGAGGAGACUCGCGCUCGCAUUCGCGUACUUGAUGCUCCUGUCGGCACUCCCGAUCGUGUUGUAUUGAUAUCUGGAAAAGAAGAGCCAGAGAUACCUCUUUCCCCUGCAAUGGAUGCUGUGAUAAGAGUUUUUAAACGUGUCUGUGGACUGUCUGAGAAUGAGGGUGAUGCUAAAUUGUCUGGAGCUGCUGGAGUUGCAUUUUGUUCAAUUCGGUUUUUGGUGGCUUCCACUCAAGCAAUAAAUCUAAUUGGAAAGCAAGGUUCACUAAUCAAAUCGAUACAAGAGGGUACUGGAGCUUCUGUUAGAGUAUUACCAGAAGGUGAGUUGCCAAUUUAUGCUUCUACGGAUGAGCGAAUCGUGGAGUUGCAGGGAGAGGCAUCAAAGGUUCUUAAAGCCGUAGAAGCAGUAGUUAGACACCUGAGGAAAUUCUUGGUUGAUCAUAGUGUUCUUCCUCUUUUUGAGAAGAGCUGCAAUAAUGCAGCCCAACAAGAUCGUGCAUCUGAGACUUGGAGUGACAAGUCAGUACUGCAUACUGCUCCAACUGGAAUGACAACCGAUUAUCCACUCUCGUCAAAGAGAGAAUCGCUUUUCAUUGAUCGUGAAAGUCAGUUGGAGCCGCAAAUUGCACGCUCCGGAGUUUCACUCUAUGGACAAGAUCCCUCAAUGGCUGCAAUCCGAUCGGCAAGGUUUGGUCGUGCAGGAGCUCCUAUUGUCACUCAGGUUGUGCAAACAAUGCAAAUACCAUUGACUUAUGCUGAGGACAUCAUUGGCAUUGGUGGGGCUAACAUUGCAUAUAUUCGUCGAACUAGUGGGGCCAUAUUAACUGUGCAGGAGAGCAGAGGACUACCUGAUGAAAUAACCGUAGAAAUAAAAGGCACUACAUCUGAAGUUCAGACAGCACAACAACUGAUUCAGGAAUUUAUCAAUGGUCAUAAGGAGCCGGUCACCAGCAGCUAUGGCAAGGUAGACAGUGGAUUGAGGUCAUAUUCUCAGUUGGGUGAUACAUCCUACACAUCUUCGUCGUUCUCAUCACAGCCGUAUGGAGGUUAUGGUUCUAGUUUAGGAGGCUACAGCAGCUUCAGGCUUUGAAGCGUCAGAUCGAAUUUGCCUUGUUGCUUUCUAUGGGAGCUGUCUUCCCUUCAAUUAUUUGUAGUUUUGGGGAAGGUUGUAUAAAGCUUUGCUUGAGUUUGUUCCUCUCUCUACAAAGAUCAGUAGCUGUAAAACUACUAGCGACCACUUUCUAUCAUGUUAAAGUGUAGUUAUGCACGUUGGGGUUGUGUUGUUUAAGCAUAUGAAGGAAUGAGCUUCAGAGUA